AUGACUUCCACAUCGUUUGGUGACGAGAACUCGGGGACCCAGGUGGGGACCAACCAUGGUCCGAUAACUCAUAACUAUUUCUCAUCUGGUAAAACACCUGAAGCCAUUUUCAAGCCGGGCAAUAUUGACUGGAAGCCACUUUCCGGCCCAGAGCGACUAGAGACCCCACGGCAGAAUAUAGACAACGAGGUGCUUAAGUCACUAGCAUUCCCGCAGAUGCUAGACCGGAAGGAUAAUAUCGAGCCAUGCCACACGAAUACCUGCAAGUGGAUUUUAGAGCUGGAAGAGUUCCAGUCUUGGAGGUGCCAGUCACAUGGUCUGCUAUGGGUUAAGGGCAAGCCAGGUGCAGGAAAGUCGACCUUGAUGGUAUUCCUACACGACAAGCUUCAAAGUUUCCAGGACGAUAGUCCAGCUAUUCAUCUCCACUUCUUUUUCACCGCUCGGGGUACAGAGAUGCAACGUACACCGCUAGGAAUGCUUAGAUCCUUACUGAGCCAGAUUUUCGACUGUGAUCCGACUGUACGUCCUCAGAUACGUGAGAUAUACGACCGGCGAUGCAAGCAGUUUGGGUAUGGCAAACGUCAGUGGGAAUGGCCACAGGUGAUGCUAGAAGAAUUACUAGCAAGUGUCAUUCUGGUAUCAGCCAAACAGCAGCACGUGAUGGUUUUUGUGGAUGCUCUUGACGAGGCUGGGGCUAAAUCUGCUCAGCAGCUGGCGGGAUAUUUUCAUCGGCUCGUUGAUCGCGCUGAGAAAAAAAAGCUAUGCAUCCAAGUCGAAGAUCAUAAUAAGCAAGACAUUGCGACAUAUAUCCAGGAUAAACUUAUCAAGACAGAGGCCAAAGACAACACCAGCCAGAAGAUGAGGGAAAUGCUAGUUAAGCAAUUAACCCAGCAAGCGAAUGGUGUAUUCCAAUGGGUCCAUAUUAUAAUUCCCCUCAUCGAGCAGAAGGAGGUUCCAGCUGGCCUGGAAGAUACUUACGUGUAUAUUCUAAACAACGUAAUAGAGAAGAGUAACUGCGAGCAGUCAUUUCUGUUCUUUCAAUGGGUAUAUCUGGCCGAGCGACCCCUGACUGUGACUGAAAUGCGGUACGCAUUAGUGGCUAAGAAUGUCCAAACAACACCGCAUCCAAAGAGAUGGGAAAGGAUAUGUGGAUUUAUCGAAAGCAACGAGGAUAUGCUGCGAAGAAUCAAGGCUCUUUCUGGCGGACUAGCCGAAGUAGUCUCAAGCUGGGAUAAUAAUGAGACUGUACAGGUGGUACACCAAUCGGUCAAUGAUUUCUUGCGCACAAAAGGGCUCAAGGUUUUGUGUCAUAAUAUCGGCAUGAGAACGUCGUCCAUGAACGAGGACAAGAUUGUUUCUCAAUGCCAUGGAGCUCUCUACCGAACGUGUUUGGUUUAUCUUACAACAGUCCGUAUACCGGCAGGAACCAGCGGGUUCAAAGGAACCAAAGAGGGUUUUGUCCAGGAUCAUCCGUUGAUUCAUUAUGCCACUACGAAUCUCUUUGUUCAUGCGGAAAAGGCUCUCGACUUUCGUUCCAACGUUCUGCCUAAUGAGAAGGAGAUUCUACAAAAUGUGCUCAGUACUUGGGUCCAGAUUUAUCAGACGCUAGAUGGGCAGAUGCUAGAUGGGCAGAACAGACUAUGCCCACCAAGAGGCACAACACUGUUACAUAUGGCUGCCGCUGCCAAUCUAGUGGAUCUCAUAGAAUCUUUGUUAUCAAAUCAUGAGGAUUUCGCAAAGAUAAACGGAGAUGGAGAUACAGCGUUUCACCUGGCAGCCCGAGGUGGUCAUGUAACAAUUGGUAAAAUACUCCGAAGAAAGGGCGCAGACCAAGAGGCAAAGAACCACGGAGGCUACACCCCAUUAUUCAAGGCAGCCAGUGGUGGACGUAUAGAAUUUGUCGAAUGGCUCCUAGGUGAGGGAGUGAAUCUGAGAAUAAACGGAAAUAGAGAAGCGCUACAAGCAGCUUCUUUUGGAGGUCAUGAGAGUGUUGUGCAUAUACUGCUCGGAGCUGGCGCCAAUGUCAACGCCCAGGGUGGUGAAUACGGCAAUGCCCUACAGGCCGCUGUAUGUGGAGAAAGACCUGAGAUAGUGCAGAUACUGCUUGGAGCUGGCGCUGAUGUCAACGCCCUGGGCGGUAAAUACGGCAAUGCCUUACAGGCCGCUGCAACUCAUAAAAGCCCUGAGAUAGUGCAGAUACUGCUUGGAGCUGGCGCCGAUGUCAACGCCCUGGGCGGUAAAUACGGCAAUGCCUUACAGGCCGCUGCAACUCAUAAAAGCCCUGAGAUAGUGCAGAUACUGCUUGGAGCUGGCGCCGAUGUCAACGCUCUGGGCGGUAAAUACGGCAAUGCCUUACAGGCCGCUGCAACUCAUAAAAGCCCUGAGAUAGUGCAGAUACUGCUUGGAGCUGGCGCCGAUGUCAACGCUCUGGGCGGUAAAUACGGCAAUGCCCUACAGGCUGCUGCACACAUUGGAAGCCCUGAGAUAGUGCAGAUACUGCUCGGAGCUGGCGCCAAUGUCAACGCCCCGGGUGGAUACUACGGCAAUGCCCUACAGGCUGCUGCCGCUGCAUGGAGAGGAAGCCUUGAGAUAGUGCAGGUACUGCUCGACGCCCAUGCCGAUGUCAACGCUCUGGGCGGUAAAUACGGCAAUGCCCUACAGGCCGCUGCAUGGAACGGAAGCCCUGAGAUAGUGCAGAUACUGCUUGGAGCUGGCGCCAAUGUCAACGCCCCGGGUGGAUACUACGGCAAUGCCCUACAGGCCGCUGCAACUCAUAAAAGCCCUGAGAUAGUGCAGAUACUGCUUGGAGCUGGCGCCGAUGUCAACGCUCUGGGCGGUAAAUACGGCAAUGCCCUACAGGCUGCUGCACACAUUGGAAGCCCUGAGAUAGUGCAGAUACUGCUCGGAGCUGGCGCCAAUGUCAACGCCCCGGGUGGAUACUACGGCAAUGCCCUACAGGCCGCUGCAACUCAUAAAAGCCCUGAGAUAGUGCAGAUACUGCUUGGAGCUGGCGCCGAUGUCAACGCUCUGGGCGGUAAAUACGGCAAUGCCCUACAGGCUGCUGCACACAUUGGAAGCCCUGAGAUAGUGCAGAUACUGCUUGGAGCUGGCGCCAAUGUCAACGCCCAGGGUGGUGAAUAUGGAUUACCUCUCUUGGCGGCUAUUUAUGGGGGCGAUGCUGAUAAAGUUCAACUUCUUCUUUAUGCUGGAGCAGAUUCACUGCUUGCAGAUGAACUUGGCUGUACUCCUCUUCAUAUUGCAGCUUCGAAAAACAUGCUCCAUAUGCUCCAUAUGCUCCUGACUUCUUGCAAACUCCUCUCCACCUGGCAGUUUGUCAUGGUCACAUCAGUUUUGCUAUUGCCCUUCUCAAUUCUGGUGCUGAUCCUUCCCUCCCAGAUGGUUAUGGUCGACAUGUAA